CAUUUGACUCCCUUUUUCACUCUCCUUUUCUCUGCUCAUUUUUCUGUUCUAUAGAUCCCCCCUUCUGUUCUCUCUCUCUUUUGCAACUAGUAACAGAGGAGCUGUGGCAUAUUUAUAUUCACUUCUUUACUUCUAUUCACUCAUUUUGCUUUGCUUUACUUUGCUUUUUAGAAAGAAAAAAAAAAAGAGAAAUUCUUGGAAUUUAGCUCAAACAGAACCAAAGAUAGGGAAAGCAUAAAUUUUGUUUUGCCACUUUCUCCUCUGUUUUCUCUGUUUUUCUCAAUUGGGUCUUUCUACUUUUUCAUGUUCUUUUAAUAUCCUUUUUUCUUUUUUCAUCCAGAGAAGCAGAGCUUUGCAAAUUGAAUCUCUCUCUCUCUUUUAUUUUUUUCUUUCCCCUUCUUCUUUGUGACCUUCAAUCAAAGUUGUAAAAUUUAUGGCUCACUUCUGUUUGCUUUAUUGAAUUUGAUAUCUUUGUUGGUUUUCUUGAUCAAAUUAUUGAAUUGUAAUCUAGGGUUUUAUAAUUUAUAUAUUAAAUAACAAGAAAUUAAGAUCUACUUUUUGUUAUUAGCUUCUUGAAUUUUCCUUGGGUUCUGGAAAGUUUUGUACUUUAUUUUUUUAGAUUCCUAAAUUUGUGCUUAUGUAAAAAAGAAAACAUAGUUACUUUAGAUUCUAUUCAAAUGCUUCGUCUUUGAUUUGAUAACUCUUCAGUCAUAAAAACUCUCCACUCCUUUCCUCUGCUGCUGCAUUUUCCUAUCUGUAAUCUCUUUUCUCUCUCUUUGAAUUCAAAGGGAGAGGACAAAACGAACAAAACCCAUAAACAAAGCACCAAAAUUUUCUCUUGUAUAAAUAACAUAUCAAUGCUAUGCUUGCUAUUUGCUUGAAUCGUACGGUGUGACUAUGAAUCAGGGACUUGAAAUCCUCUCUCCAGCUUCUUAUCUUGAGAAUUCAAACUGGUUAUUUCAAGAAAGUAGAGGAACCAAAUGGACCCCUGAAGAGAACAAGAGGUUUGAGAAUGCUUUAGCUUUGUUUGAUAAAGAUGAGCCUGAUAGAUGGCAGAAAGUAGCUGCCUUGAUCCCAGGAAAGACUGUUGGUGAUGUAAUCAAACAGUAUAGAGAAUUGGAAGAAGAUGUUAGUGAUAUUGAAGCAGGCUUGAUCCCGAUUCCCGGUUACAGUAGUAGUAGUGAUUCUUUUACAUUGGAGUGGGUUAAUGGUAAUCAGGGGUAUGACGGCUUUAAGCAGUAUUACACUCCUGGUGGCAAGAGAACCACUGCAACCCGCCCUUCUGAGCAGGAAAGGAAGAAAGGGGUUCCUUGGACUGAAGAGGAGCACAGGCAGUUUUUGAUGGGUCUUCAAAAGUAUGGUAAAGGGGAUUGGAGAAAUAUCUCUCGGAAUUUUGUGACCACUAGGACGCCAACUCAGGUUGCUAGCCAUGCUCAGAAAUACUUUAUCAGGCAAAGCACAGGAGGCAAAGACAAGAGGCGAUCCAGCAUCCAUGAUAUUACUACUGUCAAUCUUCCGGACACCAAGUCGCCUUCGCCAGAAAGUAAGAAACCAUCAUCUCCAGAUCAUUGUAUAACAACUAUGCAAUCACCGAAAAUGGUGGGCGUGGCCAAAGGAUUAUUAGACUGGAAACCACAAAAUGAAGGAGCAGCUGCAGUUUUCAACCCAACGAAUGGUAAUUUGUUGAUGUCACCUCUUUGUGGGAUAUCAUCAUAUGGCCCCAAACUACAGGAGCAAAAUCUGCUCAGGAACUCUUCCAGGAUACCAAUUUGGACCUUACAAUUUGAUUUUUCAGAUGCAACCAAUGCAACGUCAGUGAAGCAGGCUCCUAAAGAUCUAGAGUUUUUUGAAGGUAUUGAGAUGCACCACAUGUUAUUCAGUGAUAUUGGGUACCUUGUCUGUGCCAUGUCAUCGAAACAUGGAUCUAAUGUGAAUAUGUUAAUGAGGGCUUGUUUUAAUCCAUAGUUAUUAUUAGACUUUUACUAAAUGAUCAGUUAGUUCCAUGUUGUGAUUCCAUAUUCAUAUCUGAAUCAUUGAACCUGAAAGGAAAGCUUAUUUAUGUGAAGCUUAUCCUUUCUACAAUCUUUUUUUCUUUUCUUUUUGGGUGGUCAUCUUCCUGAUUGUACGUUUGGCAAUUGAUUGCAGUAGCUUGCAAGCCCUUUUCAGGUUGAAACCUGAGCGUGUUAGCAGUUCUGCCAUUUGCUUGACAGACAGACAUCCAAAAUUGAACAUGAGCAUGAAAGAGUCAAGAGUAGAUGAUGGCACCCUCUUCAAUUAUUGAGUCACUUGCAUAAAGUAGAUGCAGCUGCCACAGUCCACAUUGUUGAAUGAAUUACAUUAUAAUGUAUAAUUUCAUUCAGAUUCUUUGCUGAUUGUAUUUGAUAUUGAAUAAAAGGCAGUGCUUAAAUCUGAGAGGAAAUUCUUGAGA